AUUCACCAAAAACGACUCCCUUUUCCCACCGUUUUAACACUGUGAUAGCCUGGCUAUAUAAAAUAUGAAAAAUGAAAGACAGAAAGCGCGACUGGAGAGGCAAAAAAUGUGGAAUUCACUCUCAGCUCUCCAUGCCCAUCUAAUUCAGUUGUCAGAGACCAUUUUAAACCCUCUCUCUCAAAUCCCGUACACACCGCCUGAAGGCACACCAAUCUCUCCAAAAUCCACGCUCGAAUCUCUUCUCUCAAUCAAAAACUCUAACCCUAACCCCAACAAUAAUGCCAUCACCGAAACCCAACUUUUCAAUUCAAUCAAAGACUUCACUUUAGCAUGUGCAUUACUCUCCUCCUCUCAAUCCUCCACCCACGAAUUGCUCUCUUGGAUCCCUAAGAACCUCGCAAUUGAAGCUAACUCGGCUUUCAACGAGCUAUCCAAUGCUUAUGCUGUGAGUGAUCUUGGUGGCAGAAAUGAGAGGAGGGUUAGUGAGUUGUUGGGAGUGAUGUCUGGUGGUGACGGUGAUGGUUUAGUGAAUGAAGAGAAGAGAUUGGUGAUUGAAUUGAUGCCUGAGGUGUUGCCUUUAUUGAAAGAUGGAAUCAAAGAGAGUUCAAUUGAUAAGAGUGCUGACGGAGAUGAGAUUUCUGCCGCGUCCGCUAGGGCUCCUGUUGGGUCUGCGAUUGUAGCUGCUUAUCAGUUUAGAUGGUUUGCUACUCAGGUUGAUUAUCCGCAUUUGGGAAAGUUGUGUAAUUUCGUGAUUCCAUGUGCGUUGACUGCUCUUGAUCACUGGUCACCGCAAGUGAAAGGACAAGGCAUGAUAAGUUUCACACAUCUUGCAAAAAACGUGAAUGCUGCUGAACUUAGUCGGUAUGAAGAUGUGAUUCUUGAUGCAUGCUGUCAGAAUAUUGCUUCUGAUGAUGAGAUAUGGUGUCAUGUAGUUGAGAUGUCUGUACUCCUUGUGACUUGUAUACAGAGGAGCGAUCCUCGCAGCCCUUGGUUUGAGAAGAUGCUAAAUGAGAUGCUAGGUCACUUGGAGCGUCAACCAAGGAACAAGGAUCGCCGUGUUGCAUGGCUUAAAUUUGUAGAACCACUUUUACAUGGUAUUGGCCUUGUGUUGGUAGCUCAUUUUAGUCGAAUUUUUCCACUUUUCUUUAAGUGGCUGCAUGCUGAUGAUGAUGAAACCGUUCUGCUGGUUCUUAAACGAGUCCAUACAGUUAAGAGGUUGACAUGGAUAAGGAACACACCAUAUUUAGAAAGAUUGGUGGAUGAACUUGCUUUGCUGUACAAGGAAGCAGCAUUAAGAGUAGCUCGGGAACAAAUCAGAUCAAGUGUUCUUGAGAUACUGCUCUUGCUCCAGCAAUGCAAGGGCCUGCAAUUCAAAGCAGCUUGGGACAAGCACAGUAAUGAUCUGAAUUUGACAAGUCUUAGUCUAUCAUUAAGUGGAAACACAACAAACAAUGUUGGUGCACAUGUAGAUCAGUUUCAUGGUGAUUCCCUUCAAAGAAGCUCACAGCCAUUGAAACCUCAAUGAGCUUGUAUGAAUUGCAGGCUGCCUAGUCCAAAGAGGUGAGUUUAAACGUGUUGCAUGAAAUAUGCAGCAUAUAAUCAGUUCUUUCUCUUAAUGGAAGGGCAUAAUUGGGGUUUGGCAGAUGUGCAAAUGAGUUGUAUCAAGGCUCUUUGAGUUCCUGUCACUUCACCUUGUCUGUUUAACAAUCUUGUUCUGAUUUUGGCAUGGCUGUCUGUGUUUGUCUUUCUUUAUCAGUACAAUCAGCAGCAAUGAGUUGUAGAUUGCUCCUGCAGUAAUUAUGUAUCAAAUCUCUAAAUCCUAGGCUAGGCUAGAAGGGCUGCUGGUAUGGGAAGAUAUCAAUUAGAUCUUGAAAGUAUUCCCUUUCCAUGUAUUUCCUAUGUUUUUGUCAUGCUAUGAAACACCUGCUUAUAGA